UGUAGGCCAUCUUCAGGAACGGAGAAGGGAUUUGAAAAAAAUAUAUAUUUAAUGAUUUUCAUGCUAAUCAUCAUUUGAGGCACCUUAUGUAGUAUAUAUGUACAAGGGGGAGCAGUCGUUUCUUAACAAGUCACAAUAAACGGGUCGAUCAUUAACUUAUUUUUUUUGCUUCAUGCAUCUGAAAACAUGUCUUCUUUGGAGAAAGAGUUGUUCUUGAGCAAAUUGCCUUCACGACCACCGAUGCGGCCAGGUCUUCAAACGGGGUCUAAAAUGAGGAUGGGCCCUGGAAGAAAACGGGAUUUUUCACCUGUGCCCUGGAACCAAUAUUUUGAAACAAUGGAAGAUAUCAUAGUUACAAGAGGAACAAAUAAAGAUUCUUUUCGAAUCUACAGAAGUGGAUCUGAUGGGCCCGUCCUCUUGUUAUUACAUGGAGGAGGCCAUUCAGCUCUCUCUUGGGCAGUUUUUUCUUCCAUGAUUAUCAAUCGGGUUAAAUGCAGGGUUGUGGCAGUAGACCUGCGAGGCCAUGGUGAUACAAAAGUUGUAAACAGUGAUGAUCUUUCUGCAGAAACAAUGUCCAGAGAUGUUGGAGAUAUAAUUGACACACUAUAUGGUGCAGAUGCUCCCCCAAUUCUGUUGAUUGGUCAUAGUAUGGGUGGAGCAAUAGCAGUUCAUUCUGCAGCAAAGAACUUUGUGCCAUCUCUUCUGGGUAUCUGCAUGAUUGAUGUGGUAGAAGGCACAGCAAUGGAUGCUUUAAACAGCAUGCAAACGUUUUUACGGAGUCGACCUAAAGUAUUCAGCUCUGUUGAAAAAGCCAUUGAAUGGAGCGUAAAAAGUGGGCAGAUACGAAAUCUGGAAUCAGCAAGAGUAUCCAUGCUUGGUCAAAUAAAACGGUACGAGGAUGAUUUCAACACUCCGGGAAGCUCUCAGUCUCUUGUAGAUACUGCUAUUCAUGAAGAAGAGGAAGAAGAAGAAGGAGGAAUUGCGAAGAAGGAGAAAAAAAAUGAACCAAGUAAAAGUAUAAAUGAAGAUAAAGCUGAGUAUACAUGGCGUAUUGAACUAUCUAGAACUGAGAAAUACUGGGAAGGGUGGUUCAGAGGACUAUCCAAUCUCUUUCUUGGUUGCCCAGUCCCUAAACUACUAUUACUAGCAGGUGUCGAUAGAUUGGAUCGAGACCUCACGAUUGGUCAAAUGCAAGGAAAAUUUCAAAUGCAGGUUCUACCACAGUGUGGCCAUGCUGUACAUGAAGAUGCACCAGACAAAGUGGCAGAGGCAGUUGCAACAUUCAUGAUUCGUAAUAAAUUUACAGAAUCAAAGGGUGACAUCCAAAGCAUUUAUCCCAGUUUUUAAUAGAUCCAGCAGCCUUCAGAUUCAACUUUGACUGCAUAAUGAUGCACCAGGAGCCACUGUGAUGUAUCCACGUAUUGCCAUCCGCUUAAUCUGUAAUACAGUGAAGCUGGGACAACAGAACUCCAGAUUCCUCCUGCAUUCAUUGAUAGAAUCUGGCACUGCACAAUGGCUGAAUGGUGCAACCUGUUUGUGAUUCGAAGAUUAAAACAAUUAAAAGGGGAUUGCUUACUCAGUG